GCCCUUUCUUCGGCCCACGGGCCGGUCGCGGCGGUCGCAGCAAACUCGCGCUUUCCUCCCGCCCGCCGGCCGUCGCCGCCGCCCCCUUUCCACCUCCGCCGCGCCGCACAUGCUCCCCCGCCUCGCCCGCGCGCACCGCCGCGUCCUCCUCCCCACACCUCGCGCCCUCUCCACCUCCAGCACCACCGCCGCCCGCACCGUCGCUUCGCCGGCGCCGCUCUCCGCCGCGGAACUCGAGGUGCUGCUCCGCCGCGACCACUACUCCGCCUCCACCCGCCGCUUCCACUCCCUCCUCCCGCUCCUCUCCCACCCCUGCCUCCUCCUCGCCUCCGCCCUCCUCCUCCGCCACCGCUCCCACCCCUCCCUCCCCCUCUCCGACCAGCCCCCUCCUCUCCCCACCACCGCCACCGCCGCCGCGCCGCCCUCCCCCUCCUCCCACCUCCGCCUCAUCCUCCCCUCCCGCCUCAAGGGCCGCCCGCUCCCGCUCCCGUCCCUCCCGCUCCGCCUCGCCAUGCUCUCCGCGGCCUCCGCCCUCGACGCCGUCUUCGCCCCGCGUGCCGCCACCUUCGCCUACAGCGCCCGCCACGCCGCCAUCCGCUACCUCCGCUCCAUCCCCAACGCAACCUGGUUCUUCCGCGUCGCCAUCCCGCGCCAGCCCUUCGCCACCCGCCACGUCCGUCGCCUCCUCGACGGCAUCUCCGGCAAGGUCGAUGACCCCGGGUUCCUGGAUUACCUGCGCGAGCUGUUCCUGUCCGAUGCGAUAGCCUUCGAGCUCGGCGGCUCUGAGCUCUGUCGCGGGCUACCGCAGGAGUCGGAGCUCACCAGCACGCUGCUCAACAUUUUCUUUGAUCCUGUGGAUAGAGAGGUGAUGGCCAUCCGGGAGGAGGUGCACAAGAAGAAUCCUAGAGUCAAGGAUGACAGCGUUCGGCAUACGCCUGUGAGAGUGUAUGCCAUCCGGUAUCUCGACGAGAUGAUGGUUGUGACGUCCGGGUCGAAGAUGCUCACACUUGAGGUCAGAGAUAGGAUCCUCACGGUGUUGGAGAGGGAUUUGGAGGUGAAGGUUGACAGGUUUGGUAGCUCAGUUCACAGUGCAGUGUCAGAGAAGAUGGAAUUCCUCGGGAUGGAGUUCCAAGCCGUGCCGCCGUCAGUCUUACACCCUCCUAUGUCUGAGAAGGCGAAGAGGGCAAGGAAGAUGUAUCUGAAGAGGAAGGCAGCAGAGGCGCAGGAGCUGAAAAAUGCUCGUGAGACACGGAGGAAGAAGCUUGGGUUGAAGAUACUGAACCACUUGUUCAAGAAGGUCAGGCGUGGGCAUGAGUUUGAGUUUGGCUUCCGAAUUGAGGAUGAAGUGCGGCAGGAGUUCAAGGGCUGGGCAGAGGAGACAGUGGUCGAAUACUUCAAGUCACAGGAGCAUCGGCGUCAUUGGCACCGAUUGUUCACAUCUGGUGACUUCUUGUCGCUGAAUAGGGUGAGGGAUCAGUUGCCAUCAACAUUGGUGGACUCCUAUGAUCAAUUACAGGAAACACUCGAUAGGUUCUUGAUGCCGAGGAGGGGCCACGACAUCACCGAGGGUGAGGAGAUGCUAGCAGAGGAGGAGGAUGAGAGACAAUACGAGAAGAGGAUUGUUGAGGACUUGACAGAGUUGAAGAUGAGGGUCAAUGCGCCAAUAGAGCUUGUAAGAAAGGCGGUAAAGCUGGCUGGGUUCACAAAUUCCAUGGGACGGCCACGGCCAAUAAAGCUACUUAUCUGUCUGGAUGAUGCAGAUAUCAUCAAAUGGUAUGCUGGUGUGGGGAGGAGGUGGCUAGAUUUCUUUUGCUGCUGUCGGAAUUUCAAGAUGGUCAAAAUUGUUGUGAGUUAUCACUUGAGGUUCUCCUGUUUCUUGACAUUGGCGGAGAAGCAUGAAUGCACCAAGAGGCAAGCAAUUAGCCAUUAUACAAAGGAUUUGAAGGUGAUAAAUGAAAAUGGAGUGCCUGAAGUGUACUUCCCAACAGAGAAGGAGAUCAAGAUGAUGGGUGAUAAGAAUCUCUCCGAUCCAAAGUCUGUGGAUGGGGCCCUGACAAUGAUCUUGGUCAGGUUGGCGGUCGAUGACACCUCCUUCCCAUGCCUGGCUCAUUUUUGUGUUGGAACAGACACUGCCCUUUACCGGAUACGUCUUUUGCAGAAUCGCCUAAAUGUUGAUCCUUUGAAUGAAAAGAAGUGGGUCCAAGGGCUAAGUGCCAUUCAUGAGAGUCUGAACAAGAAAUGCCUUCCACUGUGCUCCAUACAUGCAAGCGAUCUACUUCUUGGCAAGAUUACUCUCCAAGAUAUUGAUUGUACUCAGUUUGUUGAUGUGGUGUGAACAGAAAAAACAACUUGCACGAUACCUCGUUUGAAACAUAAAGCUCACAUAAAGAUGCAAUACUGCAGUGUUUGCCAAGUCUAUUUUAGUGCUAAUUGCAUUUGACAUUGUACAUAUCCUGGAUAUCCACCCUGUCAUUCGGUAGAGCAAAUACUGAUUAGUUUUUUUUUCAGAGGAAUGAUGUGGUAUGCUAGUGUAUCAUUGCAUGUGCAAACUAACUUCAUAUCAGUUUUACUCAGGGUUGUUUUCUUCAAUCAUCCAAAUAUCAUUGCUGCAGCCUGCUGACUGCAGGGUUUGUCUGCUGGAUUCAUUUCUGAAAUUCUGAAUACCAUUAGCUUGAGUAUGAUGUACAAGUAGGUCUUUGGCAGGGGCUCUUUACAACAUCUAUGUUAGGUCAAUAUUCAAUCAGAGCAAUACUUUAUGUUUAAAUGUUUCCAUCUACAAAUGCCUAAGUGCUUCCUUUUGCCUUUCAGUACUCCACAUGGGUUUCACACGGUGUAAGCAAUGUUGAUGGGGUGCAUCUAUAUCAAGCCAUUGCCCCCUUGGAAUUGUAUGUUCUGUGAGCAAGUUGGCAUACCAGUUUACUCUGUUAUAGUAGAACUUUUUUAUGGCAUGUUGAUCUCUUCUCUUGUCAAAUGUUCUGACCAAAGCUUUAGUGUGUAUCCUUCAUUUUCUAGAGUACUAGGUGUCAGCUAUGAUUUUGAACACCAUUGGAGGGAUACACCCAAGAACGAAUGAACCACCCAAAUUGCACAAAGAAUUUCACUAGAAUCGCCAGUUACAAAUUAAGACAAGUUGGUGUCUGGCCCAUUGUAUAUGUGUGCUAUAUUUGGAAGGCUUUGACAUAAACUUCUGGAAUUGCUGUA